CGAUCCUCUUUAUGCUGAGCUCUGCAAACACACGCACACACACACACUCACACACACAGUCUCUCCUGUGCUCCAUUUCACGCACCUACAGUCUUACAUACAGGAACAGCAGACAGGACGCAAAACAAGGUGACUCCAGCAGAGGCCAUUAAAGCAGAGCCAGAUCAUUAAACAAUUUGGUGUCUAUUGACACAGCUUCUUCUGUGACCCCAGAGACAUCAUGUCAGGGGACGGUAGCCAGGGAGACAAAACCCAGUGCAAUGGAGUCAAAAAGCACAGGUCAGCUCUUCCUGCUGCAAUGUUCUCACGAAAAAAUGUCAAUAUGUGGGGUGUUCUCAAAAAAUGCAUUGGGAUGGAACUGUCUAAAAUCACAAUGCCGGUGAUUUUUAACGAGCCUUUGAGUUUUCUUCAGAGAUUGACUGAAUACAUGGAGCACACAUACCUCAUCCAGAAGGCCAGCGCUUCACAAGACUCCAUCAACAGAAUGAAGUGUGUGGCAGCUUUUGCUGUGUCAGCCGUGGCCUCACAGUGGGAGAGGACGGGAAAACCCUUCAACCCACUGCUCGGAGAAACCUACGAGCUGCUCAGAGAGGAUCUGGGGUUCAGAUGGGUCUCUGAGCAGGUCAGUCAUCAUCCGCCGGUCAGUGCCUUCCACGCUGAGGGCGUAAACAACGACUUCAUGUUUCAUGGCUCCAUUUAUCCGAAACUCAAAUUCUGGGGGAAGAGUGUGGAGGCCGAACCUCGGGGAAUCAUCACCCUAGAGCUUCCUCUCCACAAUGAAGCCUACACCUGGAGCAACCCGACCUGCUGUAUUCACAACAUUAUCAUGGGGCAACUGUGGAUUGAGCAAUAUGGAAAUGUUGAAAUUAUUAAUCAUAAAACUGGGGAAAGAUGUUGUUUAACUUUCAAAUCAUGUGGCAUCUUUGGAAAAGAGUUGCAUAAAGUGGAAGGAUACAUUCUUGAUAAAAGCAAAAGAAAGAUCUGUGCUCUGUAUGGCAAGUGGACGGAGUGCUUGUAUUCUGUGGAUCCAGUGACAUUUGAUGCACACAGAAAAUCUGACACAAAGCGCUCUGAGAAGGACAGGAAGGGAAGCACACAGAGUAAUAAUGCGGAUGAGGAUCCGGAUGAAAUGCCUCCUCCAGAAGCAGAGACAGUGCAGGUGAUUCCAGGAAGUGAGCUGAUCUGGAGGAUAUCACCGCGACCAGACAACUCCAGAGAAUACUAUGCGUUCACAUCCUUCGCUCUGCAGCUGAAUGCGUUGGAUGCAGAGAUGGAGCGAGUUCUUCCACAGACAGACUGUCGUCUGAGGCCUGACAUCAGAGCCCUGGAGAAUGGAGACAUAGCUGGUGCAGAGAAGAACAGACUGGAGGAAAAACAACGAACGGCUCGGAAAAAUCGCUCCAAAUCAGACGAGGAAUGGAAAAUAAGGUGGUUUCAUCAGGGGCCGAACUCUUACACCGGAGCCCCAGACUGGCUCUACACCGGCGGAUACUGGGACAGAAACUACUCGCACCUGCCUGACAUAUACUGACCUCAAACUACUGCAAACAUCUGGAGGAACAGAGCCUCUACACGUAUAUAAAUGAGUGUCUGUUUUGGUGCUACGCCCUGAAUAUGAUGACACAGUUAAGCCAUCACGGCAUACAGUAAGAGCACAAGAUCUAACAUGAGCUUUAUCUUUUAGACCGUUCAAGUGUAGUAUUAAUUUAUAUUCAAUAGAUAUGUGAGAUAAUGCAUGUAACGUCAUAAGAAUUUGUGAGAACAUUUGUAACAUUCGGAAACGUAACCAAUUAAUAUGGAUUAUUUUCAUAUACCUAGAUAUAGGAGUGUUUUUCUUACAACUAAUUUGAAUAGAUUAGAGUCUUCUUUAAAAGAAAGAAUGAUUUAUAUCCAGUCAAAUAUGCGGAAAAUAUGAAGAGUUCAUAGGCAAAAAAACUGUAAGUCCAUCUGUGACGUUUGAGUAAAUUUUAUUAUUAUUAUUAUUUUAAAUCAGGCUUCUACAAAAAUAUAUAUUUUUAAACAAGAUAAGGAAUUCAAUAACUGACUAAAAAAACUUUUAUUUGCCAUUAAAGUGAAUUUACUGAAUCUAAAAGCUUCUUAAAAUGCUCAUUUAAAAGAAAAAGUGUUUGUGUAUGGUGUACAGAUACUCUUAAAAUAGACUGAAUUUUGAAAAGAUUUGCUGAAGCGUGUUUUGGAAGGUCACACAAAAUCUGCUUGUGAUUUAAUAAAGAUGUUGGUCUGUUGCAUUUAUGAAUCAAAUAUCUGUGAUCUUUGACAUCAGCAGGAAAUCAUAACAGGAAUAUUUAGCGAAAUGUGCUCUUGUUGUGUAUAUGUGCAUUAAACAGCUGCGUCCUGAAAAUAGCACAUUGUCAUGUAAGCUAUAUUUUCCACAUAACACUUAAGAGUUUAUUUACUGUUAAAUAAAAGGCUGUCUGAAAAUUAA